CUACGGGCCCCCCGCGCUUCGAGGGCCGCGGCGGACGGCGUUCGGGUCCGAGAGCGAGCGCGGGCUGUCGUUUGGAGUGGGGGGCGCCCGCGAGAUCGCUUGUGGGUCCCAGGCCGGUUUGGGGGCGCCCGAGCGGCUGGUUCCCACGGAAGUUGCUUCUUGUGGCGGGAGGGCUCCAGGCGUCCACCCGACUCCCAAUACGCGCCCGGGGCUGGCGGCAGCGGAUCAAGUCGGAUAGGCACCUGCUGCUUCUUGGGACGCCUUGGACGGCAAGACUGCCGGAAACAGCAAAGCUCAUCUGCCCAGCUUAAGGGCUCCGGGUGCACGCCACGACCCCCUAGUAAUGGACGGCCCGGAGAAGACUUGGCUCUGCUGUGUCCGUGUUUGCCCGAGGGUCUAAAGUCCCUGGAGGAUGACCUAGCACUUCGAAACCCCACUGCCUCCCCAGGGCCCCCGUGGACCUACCGGCCGGACUCGGAGCUGCCAGGCCGGGUCGCACCCAAACUUGCGGCGCUGCGCACCGUCGGGUGCCCGGGCUCCGGACCAGACACGCGUUUGGUACAAUCGUUUAUUUUCGAAGAAGGGUUUCUCUCUUUUUUGUGUUUUCGUUGACUUUUUCUUUUUUGGAGAAGGGAAUUGGGGGGGGGGGGCACAAAGAAGAACCGCUCACCAGGGCAUCCAUAAAGGGGAUAAGGGACCGCCAGCGGCGCGGAGCCCUUGAGUCCAGGAUGGAUGUGGCAGACCCGCAGCAGCUCGGCAUGUUUACAGAGGGCGAGCUGAUGUCGGUGGGGAUGGACACAUUCAUCCACCGCAUCGACUCCACCGAGGUCAUCUACCAGCCCCGCCGCAAGCGGGCCAAGCUCAUUGGCAAGUACUUGAUGGGGGACUUGCUGGGGGAGGGGUCCUACGGCAAAGUGAAGGAGGUGUUGGACUCCGAGACAUUGUGCAGGAGAGCCGUUAAAAUUCUCAAGAAGAAGAAAUUGCGGAGGAUUCCCAAUGGGGAAGCCAACGUGAAGAAGGAAAUUCAGCUACUGCGGAGGUUGCGGCACAAAAACGUCAUCCAGCUAGUGGACGUACUUUACAAUGAGGAGAAACAGAAGAUGUAUAUGGUCAUGGAGUACUGUGUGUGUGGAAUGCAGGAGAUGCUGGACAGUGUGCCUGAGAAGCGGUUCCCUGUGUGCCAGGCUCAUGGGUACUUCUGCCAGUUGGUGGAUGGCCUGGAGUACCUGCACAGCCAGGGCAUUGUGCAUAAGGACAUCAAGCCGGGCAAUCUGUUGCUCACCACCAGUGGCACGCUCAAGAUCUCCGACCUGGGUGUGGCCGAGGCCCUACACCCAUUUGCUGAGGACGACACGUGCAGGACGAGCCAAGGCUCCCCAGCAUUCCAGCCACCUGAGAUUGCCAAUGGCCUGGACACCUUCUCUGGCUUCAAGGUGGACAUCUGGUCAGCUGGGGUUACGCUCUACAACAUCACAACAGGCCUAUACCCCUUCGAGGGGGACAACAUCUACAAGUUGUUUGAGAACAUCGGGAAGGGGGACUACACCAUCCCAGGCGACUGCGGCCCCCCACUCUCGGACCUGCUGAAAGGAAUGCUGGAAUAUGAGCCAGCCAAGAGGUUUUCCAUACAGCAGAUCAGGCAGCAUAGCUGGUUCCGGAAGAAGCACCCGCUGGCCGAGGAUCUGGUACCCAUCCCGCCAAGCUCGGACUGCAAGGACCGGUGGCGUGGCAUGACUGUGGUGCCCUAUCUGGAGGACCUUCACGGCUGCGCCAAUGAUGAGGGGGACGAGGACCUUUUUGACAUUGAGGAUGACAUCAUCUACACUCAGGACUUCACGGUGCCUGGACAAGUCCCAGAAGAGGAAACCAGUGAGAACGGACAGAGUCGGGGUCUGCCCAAGACCAUGUGCAUGAAUGGCACCGAUUCGGUGCAGCUGAGCACCAAAUCAAGGGCAGAGCGCCGGGCCAGUGCCGUCUCCAACCCUGCCCGAAAGGCCUGUUCCACCAGCGGCAAGAUCCGUCGGCUGUCAGCCUGCAAGCAGCACCUGUCUCCGAGAGCCCUGGCCAGGUGCCAUGGCUCAGGUCCUCCUCAGUCUUCCCAACGACUGCUCACCCACUACCCACCACCCAGGAAGGCCGCCACACCCUUCAUGCUGACCGCCUCUCAAGAAGCCAGGGUGGGUGUUCCUGGAGGGCUGUGGCUAGGGGACAGCAGAGACUGGGGUCUAUUCCUCCUCCCCAUUCGUGGGCAAUGGAUACAACCUCCUUUUGACUUUGCAGUCCUGUGCUGGGCCCCUUUCUUGGCCAAGGGAGGGUGGGGCCAGGCCAUGGGCCUUGCACAGACCUCGCCUUGCACUUUACGUUUAGACUACUGGUUCUCACCUGACUUCUCUUUACUUUGGUACAUGUUAGCACCUCCCAUACCUAGUGAUGUGUUUAAACAAACUGCAGCUAAUCAGGGGUGGACGGGCCUGCCCAACAAAACGCAUGCCCAGUGCCCGUGGGAGCCAGGUGGCUGCCUUGUUUUUGUUGUUUGGUUGGUUUCUUUUCCUUUUUUUUUUUUUAAGAAAAAAAUAAAACAGGUCGAUUUGAGCUGUGGUUGUGAGGGGUGUAUGGGAAUUGUCGGGUGGCAGGAUGUGCUGUCAGGUGGGUUAUCCGAGUCUGCACCUGGGGCCCCUCCUCGGACCCCACAGUGUAGGGGCUGGCCAGGGUCUUCAGGUCUUUUUGGCAGCACCUAGAAGUCCUGGGCCUCCACGGGGGCCUGCUUUUGACCACACUGGCCCUCUGUGCCCUGCCAGUGGCAAUCUUGCCUCUCCAAAGCUCAACAGGCCCCUCGGUUCAGCCCUACAGCCUACCGCUCCACAGUGCAGGGACUGAAUGUGACUGCAGGACCCUGGCCCUUUCCCCCAAGGCCUCUGUGCCUAGAUCCCAAGAGAAAAAAACAGUGAGCAAGAUUAUGCAGUAAAUAUUUAUAAUCAACCAGAAAACAAAACAAGAAAUUCCAUCACUAUGGUACACAGACUGCAGGAAGCUUUGAGGAAUGGGGCGGGGUGGCUCAGCUGCCCCAUCUUUUGGCAAUAAAUAAAGCUUGGGAAACUUGAAACCUUGGCCAAUUGGGUUUUUGUCAGUCUCAAACACUGAUGAGUCUUGGGGCUCUUUGGAUGUGUGGAUGCCAGGCUAGCUGGCCACUCACAUGCAGAGGACAGCUAUGGACACCAGAAGGAAGGUAGAGGGAGGAGUCUUCUAGGGCUGGGGGCAGCAGCAGCAGUGGGCGUGGUUAUUGCUUGGAGAAGGCUUGGACUGCAGUGAACACACCGAACACCUCCCCCACCCCCCCAGUGAGGUAAUGGCUCCGGGAAUUGGCAGCCACACCUGUCCACUCUUCACCCAU